CAUAGAGCUUCUCCACUGUGACAUCAUACUCAGAGCUACCAGCUGACAUUCCAGAAAAACAGUGUUUUUCUCUUCAGAAGCGCGUCGUUACAACGAUAACAGCACAAACAGUUUUCAGUGAUUGUAUGAGAAAAGAGAAGAAGAGCGAAAAGUUAUGAAGAGAGGCAGAAAGCACCGAAAGACAAAGCAGUCAACAGCUUUGGAGAUGAAGCAGGAGCAAGAGCUAAGCCCCCCACCCAGUCCCCCAGCCUGCGGGUGCUGGAGCAACUGCUUCCCCAAAAUGUCCCUGUUCUGCAAUAAGGGCAGGAAGCAGGAGAGGCAGAGAGAGCAGGAACAGCUCCAGCAGCUUCAGACAGAGAGGAAAAAAACGGAGCUGACUAAGACAGAAAAAAUGCAGAAGAGAAAGAAGGAGAGGCAGAGGAAGAAUAUGGAGCAGGAGAACGAUAAGGAGAUCAGAGAUCUGGAAGAGGCAGUGAGGCUGCUUGAGAAAGAGAUUCAGGAAUUCAGAGAGAGAAAGAAAGAGCUGAAAAGAGAGCUGAAGACACUGAAGAUGAAAAUCGCAGGAGUAGAGAUGAAGACUUCGAAAACCAAACAGACAGAGGAGGAAUGGAAGAGAGAGAUGGAGGCAGUGAAGGAGAGAAUGGUACAGGAAGAAAAACAGAGGGAGGAAAAGAGGAAACAUGAGUUAGAUGGACAAAAUGACAUCAUCUGUAAGGAAAUAUUCAUCACCAUGGUGAAGAUGAAAAGAGAAAUUGAAGAAGAGAGGGAAAAACAGGAUGAUAGAAAAAUGGCUACAGUCAGUGAGAAGCCGGAAGUGAUGAAGGAGAACAAGAGUCAGGAACAGCUACUCCAGGAAAUGGAGAAGCAGACAGAGGAGGAACAGCUGAAAGAGAGAAGAGAGAGUCAGGAGGCAAUAGAGAGCGGAAAAGAAGUUCUCAUCGAGAUGGAGAACCUGCAGAUGGAGCCAGCAGCACCCAGCACAUCUAGGAAAAAUGUGGUGCAGAGAAUGCUGUCCAGUGUUCUGUCCAGUGUUCUGUCCAGUGUUCACUCCAGAGUUCAGUCCAUCAUGGAGUUCCGAAAAAAAUUCUUAAUUCAGCCUGUUCAAUAUGAGGACAAGGAGCUUAAGGAUGAGUCCCCACCUUGUCCAUUGGUGCCACUCGGAGCUCCGACUGGGGUCCUGACUAUACACAUACGAAGCUGCAGAGACUUCAAGAAAAACACUCAUAUACAGAAAGGCAUGCUAUGUAUGGUGAGGAUCACUGUGGGGAGAAUGGUGAAGUGCUCCCUGCUGCAGCCCUUUGAAGACAACAUGACUUUCAAUGAAGUUAAACACUUCUCCAUACAGAUCCAAAAAGAAGAGGCUCUGGGGGUCCAGAAGUCCAGUUCAGUGAUGGUGGAAUUGAUUGCUUUUGAUUCAGCUGCCUCCAAACUCAUCGGCAGCACCACCAUCAAGUUGCAGGAAGUCUUUUAUAAAACAUCAGUUACCCAGCAGAUUGAUUUGAGGCUUGGACGCGAAAAGGUGUGCAAGUUGGAUGCAGACCUGAUCUUUACGUACGGAUCCUUUGGCUAUGGAUACUCCCACCAGAAGAAACAUCCUGGAAGGACGAUGGACAAUCUGGUGAAGGAGUCCCUCUUUUUCCGCUGCCCACCUCCUGAGGACAGAAGAGAUCCAAACUAUAAUGUGAUGACCCCUUGCAGACCAUCCUCAGUCAACAUCAUGUCCUCUCUGAUGCAGCGAGACACACAGAGAGACAGAGAGUGCAGGAUAUCUGCUGGUGUAAUGGACUGCGUGGAGAGGAGAGGCAGGUUGUCACAGCUUCACAAAGUCUUGGAGGAGUGUGAGACAGGAGAGCAUAGAGUGCAGUUACUGGAGAGUUUGAUUUUGAAGACAGGAACUCGCACCAGCUCUCCCUGCAAAACAAACCAGAGCUCUGAGGUCCAGUCUAAAGAGGAGGAAGAGAGGAGAAGAGAGAAGAGGGAACAUGAUAAGCCAGAGGAGAAAGUGAAAAAAGGCAAAGCGAAAUGUAAGACAAGGAAGUAAAGCAAGGCCUCACAGUCUGCUCAGCUGGCCUUACUCCCAGUCUCAUUCUUUGAUGGCCUCCCAGUCUCCUGUGGAUGAAACUCAAGUAUAAGUGGAAGGUCUUUACCAGAGCUUCGCAUGUCUUAUCCAGAGCACAAAAUGUCCAGCCUAUGACCGGCUGCUGGUGAAUCCCAUCCUCGUUGCCAAAACCGUUCAAGAACCUCAGACACAGUACAAAAUAAAGUGUGGUGUCUGAAGGUUGAAUGUUGAUGGGCCCCAAUUUUCACAGCUGCUCAGCCAGAUUUCCAGUCUUCUGCUCUGAUUACCUCCCAGUCUUCUGCUCUGAUUACCUCCCAGUCUUCUGCUCUGAUGGUCUCCAGCUCAGCCGGACCCCCAGUCUCUCAUCCUGCAUUGGGACUCAUCAGCUACAGCUCCAUCCUGUUUCCGCCUACACAAAAUUCCACACACCUUUUUCUUCUUCAUCUUACAUUUCUCAUAUGCAUUUCUAAAACUUUCUCAGUGUUUACAGUUCUCCGUUGUUCCUCGUGUUUUGGCCCUUGCUCUGUUUUCCUGGUUUCAGAUUAUGGAUUUCUCUUGUCUGCCUGCCUACCUGUGUACUGACCUCUGCCUGUGCCCAUGAUGAUGAGUACUGGAAGCCCCAUUGAAGCUGGUCAUCACAUGUGGGCUGCCUACAGUUCUAGUUUACAGCUGAUCCAGCACCAGAAAUGUGAUGACUCCUUGCCCACCACUCACAUUAAACAACAUGUCCAGUCUGAUGCAGCAAUAUGCAUGGAGCAGAGUGCAGGAUGUCUGCUGGCGUAAUGGACUGCAUGGAGAGGAGAGGCAGGUUGUCACAGCUACAUAAGGAUAGGAUGCAGUUUCUGGAGAGUUUGAUCUUGUAGAUGGGAACUCACAACAGCUCUCCCUGCAGAACAAAGCAGAGCUCUGAGGUCCUGCCUGAAGAAGAAGAGGAGAGAAAAAGAGAGAUGAAGAAGAAUGUGACAACAAAAAAACAGCUAAAGCAAAGCCUCCCAGUCUCCAGCUCAGUCGGAUUAAAACCUUAUUUAAUAACUUGAUGUAGCUCUAAUAAAUAAAUUAACUAAAAUGAACAACAACUGUAUAAAUGAUAGGUGCACUUUUUAAAAUACUUUUAUUUUACUACUCUUUCGUUUGACACCUAUGACACUGAAGUCGUUAUCUUUCAGAUGGAAUUUUGAAGAAACAAAAAGAUCAGAUUUCUUUUGUGUUUCCACUUAUUAAAUUUCUAAUUGUUAAAACUA